GUGUCAACUACAGCAGUACGGUCGGCAUGAGAGGACAUGGUUGUGUAACUAACCAAAUCGUGAUAAUUUGUUGAUAGUAAAGCUGUUCAGAGCAUAGUAUUCUGAUAUGCACGUGUAUGGAUAAAUACCCAUUAGAUUUAUUGUCGCUAAAUUAAGGAAAUAAUGUUUAGGCAGAGUAAAACAGUUCUCCAGAAACUUCGAUAUCUAAGGUGAGUAGCUAGCUAGCCAGUUAAAUACUGUAACGUUAUAUUCAAACACCUUUCCUUCAGUGGUGUCAAGUAUAUCUAUGCUUUCCUUACACGCAGGUAAACAUGUAUAGCUGUCUUCUCGCACUGUGUUCUGCUGUCUAGAACGGCAUCUAAACAAAUGUAUAGCAGCUGAUGCAAGCCAGCAAUUGUCUCUCUCUUGGCAAAUCCAGUUUCCAGGGGCUGAAUCCAUCAUGGAGGUUCAGGAGCACCUCAGCAACAGAGAGAGCAUUGCAGUACCAGGCAGGACAGAAGAUCCAUGGCUUCACAGUCAAGGAGGUAAACUGUCCAGCUCAUCACAUUAUUCACCACAGUGUUUCUCAAUCAUGGUCCUGGGGACCCAAAGGGGUGCAAAUUGUUUGCCUUAGCACUAAAACACCUGAUUCCACUAAUCAAACGCAAAAACAAAAAUGUGUAUCCCUUUGGGACCCUAGGAUUGGGAAACACCGAUCCACAACAAGAAGAACACCCUGAUUCUGAUCAGCUUCACAUAAACUUCUAGUCAAGGGUUAGUGUAAGGUCAAGAUAAAAUGUGAUAUUAUCUUCCUGUAUUUCUGCAGGUGGUUGCUGUUCCUGACCUGUUCCUUACGGCUGUCAAAUUGACCCAUGACAACACAGACGCCCAGUAUCUACACGCAGCUAGAGAUGACAAAAACAAUCUCUUUAGGUAAUAAUCCCACAUUUGUGGAAGUGGAGUGUGCUUUAUUUGGAUAAGGUCAAAUGUAAUUUGGAUUAGGUCAAAUGUAAACUUGUCCCCAGGCUCAAUUGCUACCGUGACAGAGAGAGAGUGGGCUGAUGGAAGAGAUUAGAUAAAAUUAAAUGUACUCGUUUAAUAACAAAAUUAUUUUAAGCCAGAGCUUUUUGUAAUGACAGGUUUUCCUUCUCUUGUCCUAACACCUUUGCAGUGUUCAGCUCAGGACGACCCCGAUGGACAAUACAGGGGUUCCACACAUCCUGGAACACACAGUGUUGUGUGGCUCAGAGAAAUACCCCUGCAGAGACCCCUUCUUUAACAUGCUCAACAGAUCACUCUCUACCUUCAUGAACGCAUUCACAGGUACUGUGUGUGUAUGUGUGUGUGUGUGUAACAGUGUUGCUCCCGUCCCUCUCCUCGCCCCUACCUGGGCUUGAACCAGGGACCCUCUACACACACCGACAACAGUCACCCUCAAAGCACCGUUACCCGUCGCUCCACAAAAGCCGCGGCCCUUGCAGAGCAAGGGAAACAACUACUUCAAGGUCUCAGAGCGAGUGACGUCACCGAUUGAAAUGCUACUAGCGCGCACCGCUAACUAGCUAGCCAUUUCACACCGGUUACAUGUGUGUGUCUGUGUGUGUGAAUGGUGUCUAAAAUCAUUGUUUUUAAUUCACAGCCAGUGAUUUCACCAUGUAUCCAUUCUCCACACAAAACGAGAAAGACUUCCAGAAUCUCCUCUCUGUGUAUCUGGAUGCAGUGUUUUUCCCUUGUCUAGGGGAACUAGAUUUUCGGUAAGUGUGAUGUUUAAAUAGAUGCCUCUUUAAUCAUAAUCAGUGAUAUCAGAAGUCUGGUAUUCACACCCUUGUCCUCAAUGUGUUUCAUUAAAGGCAGGAGGGAUGGAGACUGGAGAAUGAAAACCCUACAGAUCCUAGUUCCCCUUUGGUCUUCAAAGGAGUUGUCUUCAAUGAAAUGAAGGGUGCUUUUGUGAGUUAUUUAUUUCCCAACUAUUAAGAGAUUUUUUAUUAGAUUUAUUGUAAUUAUUUUGUGGGAAUUAGGCUAUGUUAAUUACAGAAUCAUUUGCUCAGGAGAUGGACAAAUGGAUGUCAUAUUGGAGUCUUACAUUUCCUCUCUGUAUGUGAUUUCAGUCAGACAAUGAGCAAGUGUAUGCCCAGCACCUCCAGAACAAGCUGUAUCCUGACCACACAUAUGGUGUGGUGUCUGGAGGGGAACCUCUGGCCAUCCCUGACCUCUCCUGGGAGCAACUCAAGCACUUCCACGCCACACACUACCACCCCAGCAACGCAAGGUACAGUCUAACACGCUGCCACACUAGCUACUGCUCCAUACUAGCAACACACUGUAAAGGACAUUGUGAUACACCAUGACCUGUACAGUACACUGUCACACAUUACCACUUAGCAAUGCACGGCACAACACUGUCACACACCCCAAUAUUAAAUACUCGGUACGGUCGCACUGUGUCUUGUCACACAACUCUGUUGGGCCUUGGCAGUAACAGGGUUUCCCCUUUUCUGCUCCUCAGGUUCUUCACCUACGGGGACCUGCCCUUAGAGCAGCACCUGAAACAGAUCCAGGAGGAGGCUCUUUCCAAGUUUGAACGCACUGAGCCUGACACUGCUGUCCCUAACCAACUCCAUUGGGACAGGCCUGUGAGUCUGCCCAUUUAGUGUCAUUGUAGCUCAGUCAGUACCAGCUGUCAGAUAUUAGUUCAUUCAUUAUCAGCUCCCAGAUAUUCAAAAUCUAUGCUCUCAACUUGAGCAACUUUGGCAAGGUCUAUGGUUUGGAAGUUUGAAUUAAUUUAACUGUAAUUGCUUAUUUGAAUGAUCUUGAUGAUAAGGUGCUGUUUGAUGAUGUUUUAAUGUCUGUUUUUUUAUGUGUGAAGCCAAAGAUACAUUUCCACAUUGUGUGGACAAUAACGUUUUUAUAAUUAUUGUAAUUCUAAUGGAUUUGUCCACAGAGAGAGGACCAUGUGACCUGCAGUCCCGAUGCUAUGGCUCCUGAUGCAGCCAAACAGAACACACUGUGUAUGAGCUACCUGCUAGGAGAGUAUGUAAUACUGGUCUACUGCAACACCAACAUUUGUUUCUCUAAAAUUGUGUCUGGGAUAGUAUACAUUGGUCAGUUUUAAAGUGACUGUAACCUCAAUUGGUGCAUACCGUGAUUUCCACAUGCAUUUUGGUCAUUUAGCUUCAAAUCAGUAAGUGAUAAUGUAGUGGUCUCAUUCAUGUGUUCUUCUCUCUGCAGUAUCACAGAUACGUUUGAGGGCUUCACCCUGAGUCUGCUGUCCUCUCUGAUGGUCUCUGGACCCAACGCUCCCUUCUACAAGGCCCUUAUAGAACCCAAGAUAGGAACAGACUUCUCUUCUGUCGUAGGGUAUGUUCAAGUGGGAGGUGUUUAGAACUCACUUUGUUACAUGAGAACAACAUUGUCAUAGUAUGCUGGGGAGCAAUGAAAUAAAUGUUGUUUAAAGUUUUUACCUUUUGAGUGAAACAGUAUAUACUUAAUUUACCAGUGUAUAUAUAUUUUUCAGAUAUGAUGGGAGCACCAAAGAGGCAUCGUUCAGUAUUGGCUUACAAGGAAUGGCCGAAGAAGAUAUAGAGAGAGUCAAGCAAAUCAUCAUCCAAACCAUUGAUGAGAUCAUUGCGUAAGUACACUUGCUGCUAAUGUUUCUUGUAACUUUUUUCAUUACAAUAAUGCCAUGUCAUCUAACUGUACUUCCCUCCUAAUGGUACAGUAAUGGAUUUGAGGAGGAGAGGAUAGAGGCCCUGCUUCAUAAGAUUGAGAUCCAGAUGAAACAUCAGUCUACCAGCUUCGGCCUGUCUCUGGCCUCGGUGAGUACAGUACAAGGCCCCAGCAUGACUAGUGUCUCCCCUGUGCUAUUUUAACCAUGAACAAGUCAUUGAAAAGUCCCUAAACACACACAUGCACACCCUAUACAGAGAUUAAAUGUGCAGGGAAUUAAAUUGUACAGUGAGCUCCUAAAGUAUUGGGACAGUGACACAUUAUUUGUUGUUUUGGUUCUGUACUCCAGCACAUUGGAUUUGAAAUGAUUUUACAUUUACAUUUUUAGUCAUUUAGCAGACGCUCUUAUCCAGAGCGACUUACAGUUAGUGAGUGCAUACAUCAUUUUUAUUUUUCAUACUGGCCCCCCGUGGGAAUCGAACCCACAACCCUGGCGUUGCAAACGCCAUGCUCUACCAACUGAGCAACAUCCCUGCCGGCCAUUCCCUCCCCUACCCUGGACAACGCUGGGCCAAUUGUGCGGCGCUCCAUGGGUCUCCCGGUCGCGGCCGGCUACGACAGAGCCUGGAUUCGAACCAGAAUCUCUAGUGGCACAGCUAGCACUGCGAUGCAGUGCCUUAGACCACUGCGCCCCUCAAAGGGUGCCAGCUUUGCAACCCAUCUCUGCUCGCAUGCAUCGUCUCGUCUUUGUAAGAAUAUAUUUGAGUGGAUUGUUGUCGGUCCACACAGUAAACUUAUGCCCUCGCAGCCAAUGGCUGAAUUUAUCAUGAGUGGCCCAUUUCAUGGCUAGAAAUUCCAGCCGGUGAGCAGGAUACUUGGAUUGUGCAUGAUUAAGAGAUUUACUAGCAAAAGCUAUCGGCCUGGCUAUGUCCUUCCCAUCUUGCACUUGUGAUAGUACAGCUCCCAAACCACUAGUAGAUGCAUCCACGGAAAGUAGAAAUGGCUGAGUAAAAUCUGGAUGAACCAGCAGUGCCUGGUCAACUAGUGCUGAUUUCAAAGCUUCAAAAGCGAGUCGACAUUCGGCAGUCCAGUCUGCAGCAGUGAGCCUGCGAGGGGGACCAGGCCUCUUCCUACCCUUGCCUCUCCUAGGCUUCUUCUGACCUGUAGUUAGCUGAAACAAUGGCCUAGCAACCAUGAAACAAUUCUCAAUGUAGUGCUGAUAGUAUACUACCAUACCAAGGAAAUAACCUAUUUUGAUAGGAGACGGUGUGACACCAUCAGCUUCCAUUAUCUCACUCUGUCACAUUCAAAAUGGUUUGAACUUUAGCAGGGUCAGUGGCUACACCCUCCUGAGAAAUGAUGUGGCCCAAAAACUUAACAGACCUCCUCAGAAACUUGCACUUAGACGGAGACAGUUUAAGGUUGUGCUCCUGCAACAGCUGAAAAACCAUCUCAAGUCUCUGCAGACUCUCUUCCUCCGUCUUAGCAAAAACCAUCAGAUCAUCCAAGUAACAAAGGAGACUUAGAACGUUUUGGUCACCAAAGAUGGUCAGCAUCAUUCUCAUAAAAGUAGCCGGGCUGUUGCAGAGGCCCUGAGGUAACCGAUUGUACUCGUGCAGACCUAAAGGGGAGGAAAAGGCAGUGUAUUUCUUGUCCUCUUCAUGCAGUGGCACGUUGUAAUACCCUGACGUCAAAUCCAUUGUGCUGAAGAAGGCAUUACCUCCCAGCGCGGCCAGUACAUCAGCCUGAUGAGGCAGGGGAUGAGCAUCCUUUACUGUGCGGGCAUUUAACCACCUGAAGUCAGUACAUAGGCGCAAGUCCCCAUUCUUUUUCCAUACCAGCACCAAUGGUGAGGCAUACUCGCUGCUGGAUUUUCUGACGAUUUCCUUUUCCUCCAUAUCAUCCAGUGUUUCCCUGAGUUUUUGGUAAUGAGCUGGAGACAGCCUACGAUAAGGUCAUCGAAAUGGGCGGUCAUCAGUCAGCCGUAUGCGAAGGCAGAACUCCUUUGCCUCGCCACAAUCUAGGCUAUGUCUAGAGAACACUGUGUCAUACUUCCCAAUUAAGUUGACAAGUUUAUCUUUCCAGAACUGUGAAACUGGACACUCCUCAACAGACAGGCCUUGAAGUCCAAGAUUCCUCAGUGUACUGUUGCCAUUAUCUACACUGCCACCAACUGAACUCUUAGCUGUCAGACUGCCAUGUGAUCUGUCACAUUGAGCCUUUGCCACAUUCUGAUGAGCUGCUUGCUGCUUGACAUCAUUAAAAUACUCCAAUGCAAUGCAAGGGUACACAUCCGCCACUUUAGCAUUUCGUCUCAGGGUAACUGGCGAUGUUGUUGGAUUCACAAUCUUCACAGGGAGCCAUCCAUCCCCCCACAGAGGCGUAACUACUCUCCCCACUAGUAUGUGUCGAUUCACACAACGAGACGUGCUGGGCUCGACAACAACAGUACUGCCCACAGAGAGUUUUGUCUUUGGGGGUAGGCGGCCCCACACCAGAUGCUCACUCAUGGGUUGGAGCGUUACUGCUCUCUUCAACUUAAUGGUGCCCACUUUAUCUGGGAUGGAGGCACUCUGUCAACUUACAUUUGAGGGUAUUUUCAUCCAUAUCGGGUAAACCGUUUCGAAAUUACAGGACUUUUUGUAUAUAGUCCCCCCAUUUUAGGGGACCAAAAGUAUUGGGUCAAAUUACUUAUGUGUAUUAAUGUAGUAAAAGUUAAGUAUUUGGUCCCAUAUUCAUAGCACGCAAUGACUACAUCAAGCUUGUGACUACAAAUUUGUUGGAUUCAUUUGCUGUUUGUUUUGGUUGUGUUUCAGUUUAUUUUGUGCCCAAUGUGUCAUUUUGGAGUCACUUUUAUUGUAAAUAAGAAUAGAUAUGUUUCUAAACACUUCUACAUUAAUGUGGACGCUACCAAUGUUAUGGAUAGUCCUGAAUGAAUCGUGAAUAAUGAUGAGUGAGAAAGUUAGAUGCACAGAUUGUAUCAUUUCAAAUCCAAAGUGCUGGAGUACAGAGCCAAAACAACCAAAAAUGUGUCACUGUCCCAAUACUUUUGAAGCUCACUGUAUAUAAAGACAGACUCAAGAAUAUCCAUAGUGAUUGUCCUGGGAGCAGCUCCUGUAUACGGUAUGACCUCUGGUAAGUGUACUAUUCCGUUAGUCAGCACCUCUCUAUCUAUUUUGGUGUUUUGUGUGGGUCAACUCAUGCUUACUUGUCUCUGCCAUACAUAACUUCCUGCUGGAACCAUGAUGGACACACACACACAGAAACACACACACCUGGGUGCAGCUCUUGUGUACAGUGUAACCAUGUUUCCUCCUGUAUGUUGUCUCUCGGCUAACAGUACAUAGCUUCCUGUUGGAACCAUGAUGGUGACCCGGUUCAGCUGCUGAAGGUCAGCGACAGUGUGACCCAGUUCAGGCAGGCCUUGAAGAACAACCCUCACUUCCUCCAGGAGAAAGUCCUGCACUACUUCAAGGUGAGUAACCAGACAGGAGAAAAUAAGUUGAGUUUUAAGUUUCAGUAUAGAUAGCAUCUGAAUUGCGUAUGUAACAGAUACAGAUACAGCAGUCUAAUCAAGAAAGUUGAGAAGUCAUCAUGCAGGUUUCAUAGACCAGGGUGUUGUUGAAAGCAGAAAAUGACAUCAUUUUUAUUUUUUUAUUUUAUUUAUUUCACCUUUAUUUAACCAGGUAAGCCAGUUGAGAACAGGUUCUCAUUUACAACUGCGACCUGGCAGAUCAGUGUAAUGAUGUCACUUACAUGACACUAUUUAGUGUUAUGGUCAUGUCACAUGAGUGUCAUGUUUGUGCCCGUGUAGGAUAAUACUCACAGACUGACUCUGUCUAUGAGUCCUGAUGAGGCGUACCUGGAGAAACAGGCCAAAGCAGAGCAGGAUAAACUCCAGAAGAAGGUACAGGCUCUGUCUGAGAGUGACAAGAAAGACAUCUAUGAGAAAGGUCAGUUCUACGCCUAUAGAGGAGAAUAGAGAGACUCAUUGACUUCAUUAUGAAAACAUUUUUUAAUUUUGUGUUGUUUUCAAUUCAGGUCUUGAGCUGCUAUCGGUUCAGAGCAAGAUCCAGGAUGCCUCAUGUCUCCCUGCCCUGAAAGUAUCUGACAUUGAACCAACGAUAGCAGUCACACGUGUAGAGAUGGGCGCUGCAGGUACAGUACUUACUGUAUUAUUGGAUACACACUGACGCUACACUCUAGUUACUCUGGGUUCUGAGAUUACACUCUAGUCCACCCAGUCGGUCUAAAACAACAUGCACGGUACUAUGGAUACAUUUUGAUGUACAAUUUCUCAGUAUGAGUAGACUGACAAAUGAACUAGUCCAUACGUCAAGACAGAAAUUCUGUAGCUCCCUGGAGAAUCAGUCCUUGAAGUUGAACAUUAGGACGCUCAGGUAAUUUGUCUCAUGGUUUUGCCUACCUUUGACAUUUGUCCUGUUCUACUCUCUUCACCCCACUAGGAGGAGUACCAGUGCAGUACUGUGAGCAGCCCACCAAUGGCAUGGUCUACUUCAGAGCUAUGUGUAGUCUCAACAGCCUCCCUGAGGACCUCAAACUAUACGUGCCCCUCUUCUGCAGUGUCAUCACCAAGUGAGUCCAGACCCCAUAUGAUAUGACAUAUCAUUUGUGUAUUGUCCAGAAGGCUUAGCUCGUGUGGUUUCAUAUACAGUUGAAGUCAGAAGUUUAAAUACACCUUAGCCAAAUACAUUUAAACUCAGUUUUUCACAAUUUCUGACAGUAAAAAUUCCCUGUCUUAGGUCAGUUAGGAUCACCACUUUAUUUUAAGAAUGUGAAAUGGCAGAAUAAUAGUAGAGUUAUUUAUUUCAGCUUUUAUUUAUUUCAUCACAUUCCCAGUGGGUCAGAAGUUUACAUACACUCAAUUAGUAUUUGGUAGCAUUGCCUUUAAAUUGUUUAACUUGGGUCAAAUGUUUCGGGUAGCCUUCCACAAGCUUCCCACAAUAAGUAAUGUGAAUUUUGGCCCAUUCCUCCUGACAGAGCUGGUGUAACUGAGUCAGGUUUGUAGGCCUCCUUGCUCGCACACGCUUUUUCAGUUCUGCCCACAAAUGUUCUAUAGGAUUGAGGUCAGGGCUUUGUGAUGGCCACUCCAAUACCUUGACUUUGUUGUCCUUAAGCCAUAUUGCCACAACUUCGGAAGUAUGCUUGGGGUCAUUGUCCAUUUGGAAGACCCAUUUGCGACCAAGCUUUAACUUCCUGACUGAUGUCUUGAGAUGUUGCUUCAAUAUAUCCACAUAAUUUUGUGAAGUGCACCAGUCCCUCCUGCAGCAAAGCACCCCCACAGCAUGAUGCUGCCACCCCUGUGCUUCACGGUUGGGAUGGUGUUCUUGGCUUGCAAGCAUCCCCCUUUUUCCUUCAAACAUAACGAUGGUCGUUAUGGCCAAACAGUUAUAUUUUUGUUUCAUCAGACCAGAGGACAUUUCUCCAAAAAGUACGAUCUUUGUCCCCAUGUGCAGUUGCAAACUGUAGUCUGGCUUUUUUAUGGCGGUUUUGGAGCAGUGGCUUCUUCCUUGCUGAACGGCUUUUCAGGUUAUGUCGAUAUAGGACUCGUUUUACUGUGGAUAUAGAUACUUUUGUACCUGUUUCCUCCAGCAUCUUCACAAGGUUCUUUGCUGUUCUGGGAUUGAUUUGCACUUUUCGCACCAAAGUACGUUCAUCUCUAGGAGACAGAACGCGUCCUGAGCGGUAUGACAGCUGCGUGGUCCCAUGGUGUUUAUACUUGCAUACUAUUGUUUGUACAGAUGAACGUGGGACCUUCAGGCGUUUGGAAAUUGCUCCCAAGGAUGAACCAGACUUGUGGAGGUCUACAAUUUUUUUCCUGAGGUCUUGGCUGAUUUCUUUUGAUUUUCCCAUGAUGUCAAGCAAAGAGGCACUGAGUUUGAUGGUAGGCCUUGAAAUACAUCCACAGGUACACCUUCAAUUGACUCAAAUGAUGUCAAUUAGCCUAUCAGAAGCUUCUAAAGCCAUGACAUCAUUUUCUGGAAUUUUCCAAGCUGUUUAAAGGCAUAGUCAACUUAGUGUAUGUAAACUUCUGACCCACUGGAAUUGUGAUACAGUGAAUUAUAAGUGAAAAAUUAAUUGUGUCAUGCACAAAGUAGAUGUCCUAACCGACUUGCCAAAACUAUAGAUUGUUAACAAGAAAUGUGUGGAGUGGUUGAAAAACGAGUUUUAAUGACUAAGUGUAUGUAAACUUCCGACUUCAACUGUACAUAAAUUAAGUUGCAGGCAAUGGAGGUAGUUGCAAUUGGGAUAUAGACUAUUAAGCUUUUGUCCUGAGAAUGUCGGUCAGUCUGGGUUACUGAAGUGAUUGUGAGACGGCGUGCUGUGUUGGUUGUUAGGUGAUUUGUGAAAAGGUAAUGGGAGUGUGUGUUAUUUCAGGAUGGGGUGUAAGGUGUGUAUGAUAAGGAGUGUGUGUUGGUCCCGUGUGGCUGUAAGAUAAGACAUAUGAUAAUUGAAAACGUGUGUUAUUUCAGGAUGGGCUGUGGAAGGCUGGACUACAGGCAGCAGGCCCAGCAGAUGGAGCUGAAGACAGGAGGCAUGUCCAUCUCCACAUCGGUCAACCCUGACUACUCUAACAUGGACAUGUAUGAACAGGUCAGUCCCCAGCCAGUCAGUCAGUCACCAUAAAGCCUAGUUUAUACCUUACGCAAGUACGCAAUGCAAUUAGCUACAAGAAAGAGCAUUCUCCAUCACCUCUGUCUGAUUCACAGGGAGUCCUCCUCUCAUCUUCCUGCCUGGAGAGGAAUCUUCCUGAUAUGUUUCACCUGUGGAGUGACAUAUUCAACAGGUAGGCUCACAUGUCCAUCAGAAUAAUACCAUGGCACAUAGAACAGUAAUAAAUGGUUAUAUGUUCUUAUCAGAUAAUUAUCAAACUGUAAAUAAUCCAUCUAUGGUCACUAAUAAUCCACAUGUUCAUUGUUUUCUAAUAAAUCAUUUGAUUGAUAUUAUUUGAGCCCUUCUCGCUCUCUGCUGUGAACCUUGAACCACAGCCCGCACUUUGAUGACGAGGAGCGUCUGCGUGUGCUGGUCAUGAUGUCGGCUCAGGAACUGGCCAAUGGGAUCUCUUACUCUGGUCACAUGUAUACCAUGACGCGGGCGGCUCGCAACCUUACCCCAACAGGAGAACUACAGGAGACCUUCGGAGGGAUGGAGCAGGUGAGAGAGGGGGGAGAACUGUGGUGAAGUCAAACCAUGUAACCUGAGGGUCUACAAGCGAAGAAAAAGCUCUAUGACGAAGGACACUGGUAUUGUAGCCUCUGAAUGAGAAUAUAAUGCACUUCUGUACACUCAAAUGAAAGAAAUCUCAGUUUUCUUGUGUAUCUUGAAUAUCAGGUCAAGUUUAUGAAGAGGGUCGCAGAAAUGCCAGACCUCACCCAAGUUCUACGGACACUUCCUAGAAUCAAGAGGCACAUUCUCAACCCACUGAACAUGAGGUGGGCAUAGUCUUUACACGUGACCGCUACUUAUCAAAGGUUAAGAUUUUACUAUGAUUUCUCUAUGUUGACUUUACGUAAAGUGUCUUACAACUUCUUGUUAUUCGGACAGAUGUGCGGUUAACGCAACACCGCAGAAGAUGUCUAAUGCCGCUGGACAAUUGGAUAACUUCAUGUGUAACGUUGCUUCCAAUAAGAAGGAUUGCAAACCAGUCCUGCCCAAUAUCACUGAGGUAUGAAUUUGUCACACUAUCUUGGUACUGUACUGAGACUGCACUGUAACCAAGUGAAAUGAGUACUGUGUCUGUGUCCAAAAUUGCACCCUAUUCCCUACAUAGUGCACUAUUUUUGACCAGGGCCCAUAUGUAGAGAAUAGGGUCGCAUUUGGGAUGAAGCCUGUAUCUUGGUGUUUUUAUCCACUUUUCUUUUGAUCCUAACAGAGACCUCUUGACCCACUGGCAGCCCCUGGAUCUGGCCCAAGUAGAAAACUUGUCGCUGUGCGUACCGCCUCCACUUUGAAACUAGGCCCUGGGGCCGUAUGUACUGUAUCAAGCAUCUCAAUAGGAAUACUGAUUUAGGAUCAGUUUUGCCUUUUAGAUCACAAUGAAUAAGAUUACAUGGUGGACGGGGGACCUGAUCCUAGAUCAGCACACCUACUCUCAGACGCUUGAUCCAUACAGCCCCUGAACAUUAGUUUGACCUUCCUUUCAUUGUUGUUAAGUAACACUUAUUUAUCAUUGGUCUCUGACCUCCAUAUUCUACCAUUGAGCUAAUGUGAGUGUGUUUGAUCAUCCCCACACAGGAGCCCAACUUCAAGCCCUGCCAGAUGAAGACAUUUUUCCCAAUGCCCUUCCCAAUCAACUUUGUCAGCGAGUGUAUCCGCACCGUGCCCUUCACCCAUGAGGACUAUGCCAGGUGACUGUCUUAAUACUGUGUAAAGCUUCCACCCUAGUAGUUCAUGUUCCAUGUCUUUCCAUACCCUCUCACAUCCAUGUUUACAUUUACUGGGGUUCCAAAAUUCUGGUUACUUUUCCAAAAUUCCCUGAUCUUCCAGACAUCCUGUGUUGGUAUAUUUCUGGAAUCGUGGAGAAAAUGCACAAAAUCCAGAAUCCUUCAACCAGGAUUUCUGGAAAACUUGGGAUAUUUCAGAAAGUUACCAGAAUUCUGCAGCCCGUUAUUUACCCAUGCUCGUCCCCUCUCUCCCUCAGCCUGAAUAUCCUGGCCCGGAUGAUGACUGCUAAAUACCUGCAUGGAGAGAUCAGAGAAAAGGGUGGCGCCUACGGUGGAGGGGCCAGGAUGGGAGGAGGACUAUUCACCUUCUAUUCAUACAGGUGUGUAAUGUAUCGAUAUACUGUAAUAAAACAGGAUUAUAUUGUUCUCAAACAGGUUUUAAUAGUAGUUAACCAGAUUAAAACAUGACAGAGUCACUGUCAAAAGAAAAUCUCCAAAACUGGAACUUCUCAGGAAAUUGAAAAACCUGCCAUAUUUGACCAUUGAUGAACAACAUACAAUCACGAAACAUCAGAACUAUUUUGAAUGCAUUUUCUUGAUCCUAGAGUCAUGAAAUGUUCAGAAUACAUUAAGAGGAGUUAUACAUGUACAAUUUUAAUACAUUAGAUCACUUUUUCUCAUAUUUAAUUUGCAUGUCCCUGUGUUGAUUUCAGAGACCCCAACUCAGUACAGACUCUGUCAGCGUUCCGUAAGGGUGUGGACUGGGCCAGAUCAGGACAGUUUACCCAGCAGGACAUUGAUGAGGCCAAGCUGUCCGUGUUCUCAGCCGUGGACUCCCCCGUCGCCCCCUCCGAUAAAGGUAGAGCCUGCGUAUAACACCCUAUUCCCUAUACAGUGGGGAGAACAAGUAUUUGAUACACUGCCGAUUUUGCAGGUUUUCCUACUUACAAAGCAUGUAGAGGUCUGUAAUUUUUUAUCAUAGGUACACUUCAACUGUGAGAGACGGAAUCUAAAACAAAAAUCCAGAAAAUCACAUUGUAUGAUUUUUAAGUAAUUCAUUUGCAUUUUAUUGCAUGACAUAAGUAUUUGAUACAUCAGAAAAGCAGAACUUAAUAUUUGGUACAGAAACCUUUGUUUGCAAUUACAGAGAUCAUACGUUUCCUGUAGGUCUUGACCAGGUUUGCACACACUGCAGCAGGGAUUUUGGCCCACUCCUCCAUACAGACCUUCUCCAGAUCCUUCAGGUUUCGGGGCUGUUGCUGUUCAAUACGGACUUUCAGCUCCCUCCAAAGAUUUUCAAUUGGGUUCAAUUCCGGCUCUCACAGACCUGUUCGUUUUUCUUUAAGAAGCCCUCCUGUUCUCCACUCAUUACCUGUAUUAACUGCACCUGUUUGAACUCAUUACCUGUAUAAAAGACACCUGUCCACACACUCAAUCAAACAGACUCCAACCUCUCCACAAUGGCCAAGACCAGAGAGCUGUGUAAGGACAUCAGGGAUAAAAUUGUAGACCUGCACAAGGCUGGGAUGGGCUACAGGACAAUAGGCAAGCAGCUUGGUGAGAAGGCAACAACUGUUGGCGCAAUUAUUAGAAAAUGGAAGAAGUUCAAGAUGACGGUCAUUCACCCUUGGUCUGGGGCUCCAUGCAAGAUUUCACCUCGUGGGGCAUCAAUGAUCAUGAGGAAGUUGAGGGAUCAUCCCAGAACUACACGGCAGGACCUGGUCAAUGACCUGAAGAGAGCUGGAACCCAGUCUCAAAGAAACCAUUAGAAACACACUACACCGUCAUGGAUUAAAAUCCUGCAGCGCACGCAAGGUCCCCCUGCUCAAGCCAGCGCAUGUCCAGGCCCGUCUGAAGUUUGCCAAUGAUCAUCUGGAUGAUCCAGAGGAGGAAUGGGAGAAGGUCAUGUGGUCUGAUGAGACAAAAAUAUAGCUUUUUGGUCUAAACUCCACUCCCCGUCUUUGGAGGAAGAAGAAGGAUGAGUACAACCCCAAGAACACCAUCCCAACCGUGAAGCAUGGAGGUGGAAACAUCAUUCUUUGGGGAUGCUUUUCUACAAAGGGGACAGGACGACUGCACCGUAUUGAGGGGAGGAUGGAUGGGGCCAUGUAUCGCGAGAUCUUGGCCAACAACCUCCUUCCCUCAGUAAGAGCAUUGAAGAUGGGUCGUGGCUGGGUCUUCCAGCAUGACAACGACCCGAAACACACAGCCUGGGCAACUAAGGAGUGGCUCCGUAAGAAGCAUCUCAAGGUCCUGGAGUGGCCUAGCCAGUCUCCAGACCUGAACCCAAUAGAAAAUCUUUGGAGGGAGCUGAAAGUCCGUAUUGCCCAGCGACAGCCCCGAAACCUGAAGGAUCUGGAGAAGGUCUGUAUGGAGGAGUGGGCCAAAAUCCCUGCUGCAGUGUGUGCAAACCUGGUCAAGACCUACAGGAAACGUAUGAUCUCUGUAAUUGCAAACAAAGGUUUCUGUACCAAAUAUUAAGUUCUGCUUUUCUGAUGUAUCAAAUACUUAUGUCAUGCAAUAAAAUGCAAAUGAAUUACUUAAAAAUCAUACAAUGUGAUUUUCUGGAUUUUUGUUUUAGAUUCCGUCUCUCACAGUUGAAGUGUACCUAUGAUAAAAAUUACAGACCUCUACAUGCUUUGUAAGUAGGAAAACCUGCAAAAUCGGCAGUGUAUCAAAUACUUGUUCUCCCCUCUGUAUAGUGCACUACUUUUGACCAGAGCCCUAUGCGUAUCCCUAUGGGCCCUGGUUAAAAGUAGUGCACUAUGUAGAGAAUAAGGUGCCAUUUGGGAUGCACUCAGAGCCUUCCAUACUGAACAGAAACCACACUGGUAAUAAAUACUACAGCUGACAAAAGAUGUGCCCUUCCUUAUCGCUCCUGGAGUUGUCUAAAUGCCAACUCUAAAUCUCUUUACCUGACAUUUAACAUGCUGUUCUUUUGUGUCCUGUUUUACUGUACAUGAGGACAGCACUGGACACAUUUACAGUGUCUACAAAGAGAGACAUUUAAUUAGAGAGGUUGUCCCUUACCAGGGUCUCACUUUGGAGAGAAAUACAUGUCUGACUUCUAAAUGACAUGUUAUAAAUGGACCAAAACAAAGAGAUGAAAAAGACCAACUGUCAAUCCAUGUCUUGACACACCACCGUGUUGCAGGUAUGGGCCGUUUCCUGAGUGGAAUCACAGAUGAGCUGAAACAGGCCCACAGAGAGAGACUCUUUGCUGUCACAGACAAGAGGAUUGUCGAUGUGGCUGGCAGGUAAUGUAGUUUUGGUUGAAUAUCAUUUCAGGUGUUGAAUCUGUAUACAGAUAUAAAUAUCUGCCUGUUUUUUGAGUGCUCCAACUACAGUUGACCAGUUUGUCAUUUUUGAAGUUGUUCCUAGGUAAGCCAUAUUACUGGACUGAAUGACAUUUUAUAUGCAGAGAAUGGCCAUUUAAUAUUUGGGAUUGAUGUUUUACACAGGUACCUUGGCAUUGGACGGAGGACAUGUGGAGUUGCUAUUAUGGGCCCCGAGAAUGACACCAUCAAGAAAGACCCCUCAUGGGUGGUAAAAUAACCAGACAUCAUGGAAUUAUCCACUUUUGUAUUUUCCAAUUAAGAGACUUCAGAUGCACUGUGUCAUAAGAUGGUGAACAUCAAUGUUACUUGAUUGUCCUGAAUAACUGGACUGUGGUUGCACUGUUUCCGGUAAUAAUAUUACUUGAAGUGUAUUGAAUUAACCAGAAAGUCUUUGUUUUUUGGGCAAAAACUGAAUGCGCACAACAGAGAACAGAUGCUCCCAUAGAUAACAUUACAUCUAACCUCACCUCGAUACCAUAUUCAUAAUAUACAAAUAUGACAACAUACAUUUCAUUUAUUAGUAUAAUUUCUAGACAUUGGUAUAAUUUCUAGACAUAGACUCACCUCUGGCUUCUAAAUGUAUGCAAGUAUGUACAAAGAUGGCUUCUGUUUAUUGAAAUACUGUAUUUCCAUAGGGUACAUAUAAUGUAUAAUGAAUAAAAAUAUAAAUGCACCAUGUGAAGUGUUGGUCCCAUGUUUCAUGAGCAGAAAUAAAAGAUCCCAGCCAUUUUCCAUCCGCAUAAAAAACUUUUCUCUCAAAUGUUGUGCACAAAUUUGUUUACUUCCCUGUUAGAGAGCAUUUCUCCUUUGCCAAGAUAAUCCAUCCACCUAACCGGUGUAGCAUAUCAAGAAGCUGAUUAAACAGCAUGAUAAUUACACAGGUGCUGGGGACAAUAAAAGGCCACUAAAAUGUGCAGUUUAUUCACACAUCACAAUGCUACAGAUGUGUCAAGUUUUGAGGGAGCGGGCAAUUGGCAUUCUGACUGCAGGAACAUCCACCAGAGCUGUUGCCAGAGAAUUGAAUGUUCAUUUCUCUACCAUAAGCCGCAUCCAACGUCAUUUUAGAGAAUUUGGCAGUACGUCCAACCGGCCACACAACAGCAGACCACGUGUAACCACGCCACCCCAGGACCUCCACAUCCGGCUUCUUCACCUGCGGGAUGGUGUGAGACCAGCCACCCAGACAGCUGAUGAAACAGUGGCUUUGCACAACCGAAUAAUUUCGUCAGAAACUGUCUCCGGGAAGCUCAUCUGCGUGCUCGUCAUCCUCACCAGGGUCUUGACCUGACUGCAGUUCGGCGUCGUAACCGACGUCAGUGGGCAAAUGCUCACCUUCAACGGCCAUUUUCAGCAUUAUAAUGCAUGGCCCCAUGUCGCAAGGAUCUGUACACAAUUCCUGGAAGCUGAAAUUGUCCCAGUUCUUCCAUGGCCUGCAUACUCACCAAACAUGUCACCCGUUGAGCAUGUUUGGUAUGCUUUGGAUCGACGUGUAUGAUAGUGUGUUCCAGUUCCCACCAAUAUCCAGCAACUUUGCACAGCCAUUGAAGAGGAGUGGGACAACAUUCCUCAGGCCACAAUCAACAGCCUGAUCAACUCUAUGUGAAGCAGAUGUGUCGCGCUACAUGAGGCAAAUGGUUUUCUGAUCCAUGCCCCUACUUACUUUUUUUAAGGUAUCUGUGACCAACAGAUGCAUAUGUGUUCCCAGUCAUGUGAAAUCCAUAGAUUAGGGCCUAAUAAAUGUUUUUCAAUUACAUUUUUCCUUAUACAGUGCCUUGCAAAAGUAUUCAUCCCCCUUGGCGUUUUUUCCUAUUUUGUUGCAUUACAACCUGUAAUUUAAAUGGAUUUUUAAUUGGAUUUCAUGUAAUGGACAUACACAAAAUAGUCCAAAUUGGUGAAGUGAAAUGAAAAAAAUUACUUCUUACAAAAAAUUCUAAAAAAUUAAUAAUGGAAAAGUGGUGCUGUAUUCACCCCCUUUGCUAUGAAGCCCCUAAAUAAGAUCUGGUGCAACCAAUUACCUUCAGAAGUAACAUAAUUAGUUAAAUAAAGUCCACCUGUGUGCAAUCUAAGUGUCACAUGAUCUGUCACAUGAUCUCAGUAUAUAUUCACCUGUUCUGAAAGGCCCCAGAGUCUGCAACACCAGCAAGCAAGGGGCACCACCAAGCAAUCAGCAGCAUGAAGACCAAGGAGCUCUCCAAACAGGUCAUGGACAAAGUUGUGGAGAAGUACAGAUCAGGGUUGGGUUAUAAAAAAAUAUCAGAAACUUUGAACAUCCCACCGAGCACCAAUAAAUCCAUUAUUAAAAAACUAAAAGAAUAUGGCACCACAACAAACCUGCCAAGAGAGGGCCACCCACCAAAACUCACGGACCGGGCAAGGAGGGCAUUAAUCAGAGAGGCAACAAAGAGACCAAAGAUAACUCUGAAGGAGCUUCAAAGCUCCACAGCAGAGAUUGGAGUAUCUGUCCAUAGGACCACUUUAAGCCGUACACUCCACAGAGCUGGGCUUUAUGGAAGAGUGGCCAGAAAAAAAGCCAUUGCUUAAAGAAAAAAAUAAGCAAACACGUUUGGUGUUCGCAAAAAGGCAUGUGGGAGAGUCCCCAAACAUAUGGAAGGAGGUACUCUGGUCAGAUGAGACAAAAAUUGAGCUUUUUGGCCAUCAAGGAAAACGCUAUGUCUGGCGCAAAUCCAACACCUCUCAUCACCCCGAGAACACCAUCCUGCUGUGGGGAAUUUUUUCAAUCGUCAGGGACUGAGAAACUGGUCAGAAUUGAAGGAAUGAUGGAUGGCACUAAAUACAGGGAACUUCUUGAGGGAAACUUGUUUCAGUCUUCCAGAGAUUUGAGACUGGGACGGAGGUUCACCUUCCAGCAGGACAAUGACCCUAAGCAUACUGCUAAAGCAACACUUGAGUGGUUUAAGGGGAAACAUUUAAAUGUCUUGAGAAUCUGUGGUAUGACUUAAAGAUUGCUGUACACCAGCAGAACCCAUCCAACUUGAAGGAGCUGGAGCAGUUUUGCCUUGAAGAAUGAGCAAAAAUCCCAGUGGCUAGAUGUGCCAAGCUUAUAGAGACAUACCCCAAGAGACUUGCAGCUGUAAUUGCUGCAAAAGGUGGCUCUACAAAGUAUUGACUUUGGUGGGGCUAAUAGUUAUGCACGCUCAAGUUCUGUUUUUUUCUCUUAUUUCUUGUUUGUUUCACAAUAAUAAAUAUUUUGCAUCUUCAAAGUGGUAAGCAUGUUGUGUAAAUCAAAUUAUACAAACCCCCCAAAAAUCAAUUUUAUUCCAGGUUGUAAGGCAACAAAAUAGGAAAAAUGCCAAGGGGGUGAAUACUUUCGCAAGCCACUGUAUGAACUGUAACUCAGUCAAAUCUUUGAAAUUGUUGCAUGUUGCGUUGAUAUUUUUGUUCAGUGUAUGUAUUAUGUAUUUUUGUUCAGUGUAUGUAUUAUGUAUAUGUAUGUAAAAUAUGACCAUUGUAAUACAACAACGUGUCAUUGAUGAUAUAUAUCCUGAACUCACUAGCAUUGUUCAAUCAGCCUGAUCUCACAUUCUGUUACACUACAAGUGGAGUGAAACGAAACAAUGACAAGCCACGAGGUCUGACAACUUGGAUGGAAAAUUACUGAGGAAAAUAGCGGACAAUAUUGCCACUCCUAUUUGCCAUAUCUUCAAUUUAAGCCUACUAGAAAGUGUGUGCCCUCAGGCCUGGAGGGAAGCAAAAGUCAUUCCGCUACCUACGAAGUAAUAAAGCCCCCUUUACUGGCUCAAAUAGCUGACCAAUCAGCCUGUUACCAUCUGUUAUGAUGAGUUUCUCUGACAUCAAGUAAUUCAGUAUGCAAGAAGAUGGAGAGUUGAUUCAAAGUAUUUCAUAUUGCGGUACCGGGUUCACAUAGCAAACGGCACGUGGGUGGCCCAUUGCUAUCUGAACUCACUGAACAAAGGAAAUCUCUUAGCUUAUAUACUUGUUUGCAAGCUAAUUCUAUCCAACAGUUGCCAACCGUUAUUGAGUGUCACUCCUCACCAGAAUAGAAUCACCGUUUAUGGUAUUGUGUUGCACCCUAGUCAGGAUAUUCCAUCACGCACUCCUUCUAAGAUUAGCACCAGUGACCCCCCAGCUAUCUUGGCCCGCAUACCUUCUGGCACCCACCAGUGACAUAAAUAAAUACAUGGAAUGUCCUCAUUCUCCAAAUCCUUAUGCAGCUCACAAUAUCAAACAUUUACUAAUCCUGUAUAAAAGACGUAAUAUUCACCAACCCUUAGUAAAGUUUGGGAAAAAAUGGUGUUUGACCAGAUACAGUGGGGAAAAAAAAGUAUUUAGUCAGCCACCAAUUGUGCAAGUUCUCCCACUUAAAAAGAUGAGAGAGGCCUGUAAUUUUCAUCAUAGGUACACGUCAACUAUGACAGACAAAUUGAGCAUUUUUUUCUCCAGAAAAUCACAUUGUAGGAUUUUUAAUGAAUUUAUUUGCAAAUUAUGGUGGAAAAUAAGUAUUUGGUCACCUACAAACAAGCAAGAUUUCUGGCUCUCACAGACCUGUAAUUUCUUCUUUAAGAGGCUCCUCUGUCCUCCACUCGUUACCUGUAUUAAUGGCACCUGUUUGAACUUGUUAUCAGUAUAAAAGACACCUGUCCACAACCUCAAACAGUCACACUCCAAACUUCACUAUGGCCAAGACCAAAGAGCUGUCAAAGGACACCAGAAACACAAUUGUAGACCUGCACCAGGCUGGGAAGACUGAAUCUGCAAUAGGUAAGCAGCUUGGUUUGAAGAAAUCAACUGUGGGAGCAAUUAUUAGGAAAUGGAAGACAUACAAGACCACUGAUAAUCUCCCUCGAUCUGGGGCUCCACGCAAGAUCUCACCCCGUGGGGUCAAAAUGAUCACAAGAACGGUGAACAAAAAUCCCAGAACCACACGGGGGGACCUAGUGAAUGACCUGCAGAGAGCUGGGACCAAAGUAACAAAGCCUACCAUCAGUAACACACUACGCCGCCAGGGACUCAAAUCCUGCAGUGCCAGACGUGUCCCCCUGCUUAAGCCAGUACAUGUCCAGGCCUGUCUGAAGUUUGCUAGAGUGGAUGAUCCAGAAGAGGAUUGGGGGAAUGUCAUAUGGUCUGAUGAAACCAAAAUAGAACUUUUUGGUAAAAACACAACUCGUCGUGUUUGGAGGACAAAGAAUGCUGAGUUGCAUCCAAAGAACACCAUACCUACUGUGAAGCAUGGGGGUGGAAACAUCAUGCUUUGGGGCUGUUUUUCUGCAAAGGGACCAGGACGACUGAUCCGUGUAAAGGAAAGAAUGAAUGGGGCCAUGUAUCGUGAGAUUUUGAGUGAAAACCUCCUUCCAUCAGCAAGGGCAUUGAAGAUGAAACGUGGCUGGGUCUUUCAGCAUGACAAUGAUCCCAAACACACCGCCCGGGCAACGAAGGAGUGGCUUCGUAAGAAGCAUUUCAAGGUCCUGGAGUGGCCUAGCCAGUCUCUAGAUCUCAACCUCAUAGAAAAUCUUUGGAGGGAGUUGAAAGUCUGUGUUGCCCAGCGACAGCCCCAAAACAUCACUGCUCUAGAGGAGAUCUGCAUGGAGGAAUGGGCCAAAAUACCAGCAACAGUGUGUGAAAACCUUGUGAAGACUUACAGAAAACGUUUGACCUGUGUCAUUGCCAACAAAGGGUAUAUAACAAAGUAUUGAGAAACUUUUGUUAUUGACCAAAUACUUAUUUUCCACCAUAACUUGCAAAUAAAUUCAUUAAAAAUCCUACAAAUGUGAUUUUCUGGAAAAAAUAUUCUCAUUUUGUCUGUCAUAGUUGACGUGUACCUAUGAUGAAAAUUAUAGGCCUCUCUCAUCUUUUUAAGUGGGAGAACUUGCACAAUUGGUGGCUGACUAAAUACUUUUUUUCCCCACUGUACAAUGCUAUUUUACAGUAAACAAAUUGACAACAGACUGUCAGCACGCUUAUAGGGAAGGACAUUCAACAAGCACAGCACUUACACAAAUUACUGAUGAUUGGCUGAGAGGAAUUUAUGAUAAAAAGAUUGUGGGGGCUGUUUUGUUAGACAUCAGUGCAGCUUUUGACAUUAUCGAUCAUAAACUCGACAUAAAUAAUUUGUAAAAAUCCAAAUAACUUCACAGAUCUUCAUUGUAAAGGGUUUAAACACUGUUUCCCAUGCGUGUUCAAUGAACCAUAAACAAUUAAUGAACGUGCACCUGUGUAACGGUCGUUAAGACACUAACAGCUUACAGACGGUAGGCAAUUAAGGUCACAGUUAUGAAAACUUAGGACACUAAAAUAGGCCUUUCUACUGACUCUGAAAAACACCAAAAGAAAGAUGCCCAGGGUCCCUGCUCAUCUGCGUGAACGUGCCUUAGGCAUGCUGCAAGGAGGCAUGAGGACUGCAGAUGUGGCCAGGGAAAUAAAUUGCAAUGUCCGUACUGUGAGACGCCUAAGACAGCGCUACAGGGAGACAGGACGGACAGCUGAUCGUCCUCGCAGUGGCAGACCACGUGUAACAAUACCUGCACAGGAUCGGUACAUCCGAACAUCACACCUGCGGGACAGGUACAGGAUGGAAACAACAACUGCCCGAGUUACACCAGGAACGCACAAUCCCUCCAUCAGUGCCCAGACUGUCCGCAAUAGGCUGAGAGAGGCUGGACUGAGGGCUUGUAGGCCUGUUGUAAGGCAGGUCCUCACCAGACAUCACCGGCAACAACAUCGCCUAUGGACACAAACCCACUGUCGCUGGACCAGACAGGACUGGCAAAAAGUGCUCUUCACUGACAAGUCGCGGUUUUGUCUCACCAGGGGUGAUGGUCGGAUUUGCGCUUAUCGUCAAAGGAAUGAGUGUUACACCGAGGCCUGUACUCUGGAGCGGGAUCGAUUUGGAGGUGGAGGGUCCGUCAUGGUCUGGGGCGGUGUGUCACAGCAUCAUCGGACUGAGCUUGUUGUCAUUGCAGGCAAUCUCAACGCUGUGCGUUACAGGGAAGACAUCCUCCUCCCUCAUGUGGUACCCUUCCUACAGGCUCAUCCUGACAUGACCCUCAAGCAUGACAAUGCCACCAGCCAUACUGCUCGUUCUGUGCGUGAUUUCCUGCAAGACAGGAAUGUCAGUGUUCUGCCAUGGCCAGCGAAGAGCCCGGAUCUCAAUCCCAUUGAGCACGUCUGGGACCUGUUGGAUCGGAGGGUGAGGGCUAGGGCCAUUCCCCCCAGAAAUGUCAGGGAACUUGCAGGUGCCUUGGUGGAAGACUGGGGUAACAUUUCACAGCAAGAACUGGCAAAUCUAGUGCAGUCCAUGAGGAGGAGAUGCACUGCAGUACUUAUACAGCUGGUGGCCACACCAGAUCCUGACUGUUACUUUUGAUUUUGACCCCCACUUUGUUCAAGGACACAUUAUUCAAUGUCUGUUAGUCACGUCUGUGGAACUUGUUCAGUUUAUGUCUCAGUUGUUGAAUCUUGUUAUGUUCAUACAAAUAUUUACACGUUAUGUUUGGUGAAAAUAAACGCAGUUGACAGUGAGAGGAUGUUUCUUUUUUUGCUGAGUUUAGUCUGCUGCAGGAAAAACCUAUGUGUUAUGGCUUUACACCCCCUGCUAUAUUGUGGAUAAAGAGUUACCUGUCUAACAGAACACAGAGGGCGUUCUUUAAUGGAAGGCUCUCCAACAUAAUCCAGGUAGAAUCAGGAAUUCCCCAGGGCAGCUGUCUAGGCCCCUUACUUUCUUCAAUCUUUACUAACGACAUGCCAGUAAAGCCAGUGUGUCUAUGUAUGCGGAUGACUCAACACUAUACACGUCAGCUACUACAGCAAGUGAAAUGACUGCAACACUUAUCAAAGAGCUGCAGUUAGUUUCAGAAUGGGUGGCAAGGAAUAAGCUAGUCCUAAAUAUUUCAAAAACUAAAAGUAUUGUAUUUGGGACAUAUCAUUCACUAAACCCUAAACCUCAACUAAUCUUGUAAUAGAUCAUGUGGAAAUUGAGCAAGUUGAGGUGACUAAACUGCUUGGAGUAACCCUGGAUUGUAAACUGUCAUGGUCAAAACAUAUUGAUACAGUAGCUAAGAUGGGGAGAAGUCUGUCCAUAAUGAAGCGCUACUCUACCUUCUUAACAGCACUAUCAACAAGGCAGGUCCUACAGACUCUAGUUUUGUCGGACCUGGACUACUGUUCAGUCGUGUGGUCAGGUGCCACAAAGAGAGACUUCAGAAAAUUGCAAUUGGCUCAGCACGGCUGGACCUUGGAUGUACACAGAGAGCAAACAUUAAUAAUAUGCAUGUCAAUAUCGCCUGGCUCAAAGUAGAGGGGAGAUUGACUUCAUCACUACUUGUAUUUGUGAGAGGUAUUGACAUGUUAAAAGCACCGAGCUGUCUGUUUAAACGAUUAACACACAGCUCAGACACCCAUGCAUACCCCACAAGACAUGCCACCAGAGGUCUCUUCACAGUCCCCAAGUCCAGAACAGACUAUGGGAGGCGCACAGUACUACAUAGAGCCAUGACUACAUGGAACUCUAUUCCACAUCAGGUAACUGAUGCAAGCAGUACAAUCAGAUUGAAAAAAAACAAUAAAAAUACACCUUAUGGAACAGCGGGGACUGUGAAGUAACACAAACAUAGGCACAGACACAUGCAUACACACACAUGAUAACAUACGCACUAUACACACACGUACACAUGGAUUUUGUGUUGUGGAUAUGUGGUAGUGGAGUAGGGGCCUGAGGGCAAACACUUAGUGUGUUGUGAAUUCUGUAAUGAAUUUAUUGUAAUGUUUUUUAAAUUGUAUAACUGCCUUAAUUUUGCCGGACCCCAGGAAGGUGAUGUGAUUGAGGUAUCACAAUUAUCACAAAUAUUAUUUAAUAAUUGGAGAAAACACACAGUGAGUGUCAACACAUUAAAACAAGGUUAUAUUGCAUAAUUACAUUUGACAUUACAUUUUAGUCAUUUAGCAGACGCUCUUAUCCAGAGCGACUUACAGUUAGUGCAUAGAUUUUCAUACUGGCCCCUGUGGGAAACCCACAACCCUGGCGUUGCAACCGCCAUGCUCUACCAACUGAGCUACAGGGGACUCAUAAUAAUGGGUUUCACAAACGCAUCAUCCUCAACAAAGCAACAUAAUACAGCAGCAGAACAAACAUGACCUAGGGCUCUAUUCAAUCUGUAUCGCUGAAGCGUUACAGAUAGCACGCUAGAAAUGUAAAGGUAAUUUCCUAUUGAGCAGUCAUCUGCAGCUAACGCGGGAACAUUGCAUUUCAAUCACGCUGUAACGCUGAAUUUCUGCGACACGGAUUGAAUACAGCCCCUACUCUUAAGUGCCACAAACUGCUUACAGGGUAAGGAAACCUAUGUGAUAUAUUUUUAUUUGGGUGAACUAUCCCUUUAAGUGCCACACAUAGCCCAGGUUUGAUACAAAGUGCAAGUAUAGCGUAACAACACAACAUAAUACACACUGGAAUAGACCUACAGUAGGUGAAAGGAGAUACAGUCAGCUCUCCCUUUAGAAGAAGACGGAGAGGGAAGAAGAACCUAUGGGAGUAGAAUCAAGCUACAUCCUGAUUCUCCACCCUUUUCCAGAAGUGUGCACUUGCACACUCCCCGUCAUGAAUUUAAAAGCAUAAGUGUUGGCUGGAAGCAGUUUCCACCAUUGUAAAAUCCAUAGAAAAAGUGCGCAAGUGCAUACUUCGGUAGAUGGGUGGAGUUUCUGAGGGGACAUGUGUAUGGGACGGAGUGAAAAGUGCUGGUAAGAGUUACCAUGAUAAAGGCUAAGUUACACUGAAUGGAUCAGCUCAGAGCAGCCCAGCCCUCUCUACAGACUAGCCUAUCUAGUCCGCCUUCUUGGGCCUGACCCGGGUCACUGGCUCCAUCUGGCCAGAGUCAGACACAUCGUAGCUGGUCUUGUACUUAGCCAGGAUCUUCAUCAGGGGAUGAAGCUUCAACCACCACUGUUCCUUAGGGAUCCUGUGGCUACACACACACACACACACACACACACACAGAGAGAAAGAGAGAUAAGAGACACACACAUACUGUGUAUGAGAGACCAAAAAGACGGGUGGACGUUGUAUUUAGGAUUAGUCAGUCAUAUUGAAUAGAUCAUUGUACUAUCUUCUCAUUAUGUGCUACUAUGGAGGUCUACACAGAAAAAUUACUAUCUCUCUCAUUUGAAGAACAGUCAUUGGUUGAAAGCCUAAAUGGGUGUCUGUCUGUCUGUGUGUGUAAGUGCUGUGCCUGAAGGUACUGUAAAUGUUGUCUUACGCAAAGUCUGUCUCAUCUUUCAGAUGCACCACUGGUUGGAAGGCCAUGGUUCUGCGACGCAUCCCCAGCAAACAGGCCGUGUCCUCUGUGUUAGCAAACACUUUCCCUGCAUGGUGAGGGAAUAUAGUCAACACACAUUUAUUUAUGUCCCAAUUGACACCAUAUUCCCAAUAUAGUGCACUACUUUUGACUAGAGAGCCCUAUGGGCCAUUGUCAAAAGUAGUGCACCAAUUAAGGGAUUGGGUGCCAUUUGGGUACAUGUACUGUACCGUCUUUAUAGGACUCCUUUAGCUUUCUUGAAAUCCACUGAAUUGCUUUUGCUGCAAUCUUCGUUCCAAAGUUCCUGUCAAAUGGAGAAGGAGCGCCUCCCUUUGGAAAUAAAUAAAAACAAAUUAUCUGUUUUACUCAGGUCAGGUUCAUGGGUUAGGGUUGUAGUAGGCUAAUUUGUGUGUGCGCGUGCAUGUGUAAUGAACUAACCAUACCUGCUGCAUAUGUCCAAGCACGUUCUUCCUGCAGUCAAACACUCCUUUCCCCUCCUCAGAGUACAGUUGGUUGAUGAAAUCUGUGGUGAAGUUCUCGUUGGAGUUCUCAUUCCUG